CGCAUCGUCAUCAUUAAUUAUGCACUUUCCAUUACCAAAACCCUCUCGCUGCUCCUACAAAUCACUCUCUCACUCGAGUUUUUGCAAGCAGAGGGUUUCGAGUUUCCACAAACAGAUCGUCAAGUCAAAGAGAAAAUGUCUCUACUUCGGCUCUGCAAAGGAAUCAACCCAAAUGUUUCUCGUAAAACAGUUCCAGAUUAUCUUUCUUCACUCAGAUUCUCGAGACUCAUUCAUUCACUGGGAUUUACAACCUUGAAAGCUGAAGAGAUUUCUGGUUCUCAGCCUGCUGAAGUACAAAACUUGGUCCAGGGCAAAUGGAUUAAACCUGCUAACUGGAAUACAAUCGUGGAUCCCUUAAAUGGAGAAUCAUUUAUUAAAGUCUCAGAAGUAGAUGAAAGUGGAAUCCAGCCUUUUGUAGAGAGCUUGUCCAAGUGUCCAAAACAUGGCAUGCACAACCCAUUUAAAUCCCCAGAAAGAUACCUUUUGUAUGGGGACAUAUCUGCAAAAGCAGGCCAUAUGCUUGCCCUUCCUGAGGUUUCUGAUUUCUUUGCUAAGUUAAUACAGAGGGUUGCACCUAAGAGUUAUCAGCAGGCUCUUGGUGAAGUGUAUGUUACAGGGAAGUUUCUAGAGAACUUCUCUGGUGAUCAGGUACGUUUCCUUGCAAGGUCCUUUGGAGUUCCUGGGAAUCAUCUUGGUCAACAAAGUCAUGGUUUCCGCUGGCCUUAUGGACCUGUGGCAAUCAUUACACCUUUUAAUUUCCCUUUAGAGAUUCCUCUACUCCAAUUGAUGGGUGCACUUUAUAUGGGCAACAAGCCUGUUCUUAAGGUUGAUAGCAAGGUAUGCAUUGUUAUGGAACAAAUGCUUCGGUUACUCCAUGACUGUGGGAUGCCUUUGGAUGAUGUUGAUUUCAUCAAUUCUGAUGGAAAGACAAUGAACAAGCUACUGCUAGAGGCAAAACCACGGAUGACACUCUUCACUGGUAGCUCAAGAAUAGCAAACAAGUUGGCUGAUGACCUAAAUGGUAGAAUCAAGUUGGAAGAUGCAGGAUUUGACUGGAAAAUCCUUGGCCCUGAUGUUCAUGAGGUGGAUUAUGUUUCAUGGGUUUGCGAUCAAGAUGCAUAUGCAUGCAGUGGUCAAAAGUGUUCAGCACAGUCGAUGCUUUUCAUGCAUGAGAAUUGGAGCAAAACAUCACUCUUGCGUCAAUUGACUGACCUUGCUGCAAGGAGGAAGCUUGAAGACUUGACCAUUGGUCCAGUUCUUACUUUCACAACGGACGCUAUGCUAGAUCACAUGAAGAAAUUGCUUGAGAUUCCUGGAUCAAAGCUACUGUUUGGUGGUGAAGAGUUGCAAAACCAUUCUAUUCCUUCGGUAUAUGGUGCUAUAAAACCAACAGCUGUAUUUGUUCCUAUCGAACAAAUACUCAAGCCUGAAUAUUACGACCUUGUUACAAAAGAAAUAUUUGGACCAUUUCAGGUUAUCACUGAGUACAAAGACAGUCAACUCCCACUGGUGUUGGAUGUCCUUGAAAAGAUGCAUGCACAUUUAACAGCUGCUGUCGUUUCAAAUGAUCCGUUGUUUAUUCAGGAGGUGAUUGGGAAAACAGUGAAUGGAACCACUUAUGCUGGACUUAGAGCAAGGACAACAGGGGCACCACAGAAUCACUGGUUUGGGCCAGCUGGAGAUCCAAGAGGAGCAGGAAUAGGGACUCCUGAAGCUAUAAAACUCGUGUGGUCGUGUCACAGAGAGGUCAUAUACGACGUUGGUCCGGUCCCACAUAAAUGGGAAAUCCCACCCUCCACUUGAGAAAAGACAUCAAUACCCCUGUGCAUUGCAUUGCAUUCAGUGAUGACCCCAAGUUGACCACACCUUGACUUGUAAAAGUAGCUAGUUUUCAAGGCAUCAGAUAUAUAUAUGUAAGAGUCUUUUGCAGACAUCUAAAGUAUUGGGAAUUUGGGAUUGUAUCAUGGACAUGGUAGUAGUAUGCAAACAUGAAGGCACCCUAAUAAUAAAACAUCACCCACCCUCUUUCUAUCUAUAUUCUCAUUGUUGAUUUUGAUUACAUGACCACACGAGUUUGUAG